AAGCUUCCUCUCCACACCCUCACUUAUUGAUCGCCUCGUCAUUGCCAAACACGCCCAUUCGCAUCGCCCUCACCACCAAACGUCCACAACAUACAGCUUUUGCUUCUUACCUCUCACAAACUAUUGCUCCAAACUCAACUCAAUUCAACCAAACCAAACCAAACCAAACCAAACCACUCCCACUGCCCCUCCGACGUCAUGGCUUCGACUCUUAAUAGUAGUAGCAGUAGUAGUAGUAGUAACAAUACCUACCUCGGCUUCCUUGAGCAGGCCAAGCACAACUUCUGGAUGACCAACAGCCACCUCUCAGAGGAGCAGCGAAAUCAGCUCUGGUUCCAGACGGCCUGCCAGCCGACGCAGCCCUCGAUGGCCCACCAGGUACCACGGUCCAUGACGUUUGACCCGUCAAGCAUGAUGCAGCUCCCAACCUCUGGCUUCGCCUCCAUGGACCGCACUCGCUCGGCCCCCGUCAUGAACCGCUCAGAUUCGGCAAUGACCUCGACUACCCCGUACUCCGACUGGCAGUCAAUGGCCCAGGAGCCGACACCCGACUACACGCUCUACUCGCAUGCUCCCAUGCGCAGACAGUCAACCCUCCAAUCGCUCCCAGAGACGACUUGCCCUAUCAACGGCAGCGUCGCCGAGUACAGCGUUGAUGACUUUGUCAACAGCAUUGUGCCAGAUAACUCAUCUACCCACCCCAUCCCCCAGCAUGCUCAACAGUUGCAACUGACACCACAGUGGAGUGCAUCCGAUGUCUCCUCGCCCAGCACGCCGUCAACUGCUCUGAUGACGCCUGUUACUCAAUCUAGUAACAUGAGCCGUCAGGGUAGUUACAACCCCCAGUUCUUUGAUAACGUUUCCAUGUUGCGUGUUCCGUCCAAUUCUUCAUGUAUGCUUCCCAUCCUCUCAGAGGAUGAGACUUUUCCUUAUUCCUUUUCCGUCGAUCAUAAAUCCACCAGCGAGUCCGCUGGUGCGUCUCAUUUUCUCAACUUCACUGGCUCCUCCAGUGAAGGUUUCCUUUCUUCUGCUUCAUCUGUUCCCGCAAGUGCGCACGCACUUGCCUCUUCCGACAACGAUCUGUCGUACCUGGCGGAGGAUAUGCGGAGGUCGACAUCAGCUACAUCCAGCGAGGGCUACUCGAGCGAGGCCUCUGCGUCUGGCUCGACGUACUCUCGUCAAUCGCAACGCGAGCGCGAAAUCAUCGCACAAGCUGCGUCUCGCAAGAUUGCCCCCAAAGCGAUCGACUGCAAUAAUGAGACUGCGUCCCCGUCAUCAGAUGCUCAGAUGACUCGGAUAAGGUCAGAGGAUGGCUCCUCUAAAACCGUCGGUGUUCUGUCCAAAACACCCUAUGUGCGCCCUCAGCACCCAAAGAUCAAGUGCAACUACUGCAACGAGAGACCCGAUGGGUUCCGCGGUACGCAUGAGCUCGAUCGCCACAUUGCACGUGCCCAUGCCUCGCGCCGCAAGGGCUACAUCUGCAUCGACUCGUCAGCAGACCAAAAGUUCCUCGCCAACUGUAAGCACUGCCGUAACAAGAAGGUAUAUGGCGCCUACUACAACGCUGCCGCCCAUCUCCGCCGCGCUCACUUCCACCCCCGCAAGCGCGGCAGGAAGGGCAAGAACGACGAGAAGCGCGGUGGCAUCGGUGGCGGAGACCACCCCCCGAUGGAGUACCUCAAGCAAAACUGGAUUAAAGAGGUGGAAGUCGAUAACAAGCCCACACCAGAGUCGCCAGAAAGCAACUCGGACAACGACGCUGCUGAUGUUUCAGACGCCGCUUUCAACCAGCCUUCUUACCCCGUCGACACCACUGCUGCUGCCACGACCGUCUACCCCGCGUCGCAACAGCCCUUGCCAUCAAUGCCAAUGAUGAACCAAGCCCCUCUUGACUCAUCAUCGCAGUUCAUGGACUUUGGUAUGAGUAUGCAACCUGAACCCAUGGUCUUUGACAACACUGCUUUCUUCGACCCCAGUCUCGGCAACGUUGUCGCACCCGCCGAUAUGAGUAAUUUCCAAUUCGACGCGUACAUGGGUGCUUGA